AUGAUGAUGAUGAUGCGCCGUGUGAUGUCUGUGUUGGCCGUUGUGCUGUGCUGCACCUGCGGGUAUACCAUGACGGCUGCUGCUACUACUGAACACACAGAGGGGGUAAUGAGUAAAGCUAUCAAGAGUAGUAGUAGUAGUGGUGGUGUUUUUUCAACUGUUACAGGGUAUCACCCUGCUGUGGAUGAUCACCACAAAAUAAUUAACCUUUCGAAGCCAUCCACCAAGAGUUAUCCCAAAGUAAACCAAGAGACGGCGCCCGGAACGCCUGAGGGUGUAAAUAUAGAAAUCCAACAAGGCCGUCAACACGGAGUCGGAGGUGAGGCAGAAGCCACGCAUCCGGUGAAUGAGGUAUCACCUGAUGUUGCCGUCACGAAUCCAGAACAAGAUAAAUCGCAAGAAUCGGCUACCUUGGAUCAGGAAAGUAGAGUAUCGCAAUUGGGUGCAUCAGAAGAUGUUCGUACUACAGGACAGAAACCAGAUACUGGUGCCACGACAACGCAAAGCCAAUCUCCGGGGUCUAAUGGUACUGCUGAAAGUGAUCAAGGAGCACAGAGCAACACAGCUGAUAACACUACACCUGGCGACUCUGCACUUACCCAGCAACCAUCUCCUCCAGCUGUAGAUACGACUGUCACUUCAGACUCACACGAAACCACUUCCACUACUACGCCGAGCACCGAGAACACUACCACUGAAGCACCAACGACCACAACAUCAUCUCCUGUACCCAACGCAGAGAUCAGCAACAUCGCUUCCACUGUACAGAACAAGGGUAAUGCUGACAGCAGUAUCAGUCCUGUGUGGAUGCACACUGCAGCACCGCUGUUGAUUGUGGCUGUGUUGUUCUCUGCCACUGUGUACUGA